AUGGAUAUAAGGUCAGCUAUUCGCAAUCUCAUUUAAGUUGUCUCUAACUUUAUUACAGAAUCUAAAUUGAAAAGUUAACUUGAUUAACUAUACAUACUAACUUCGAAACCAGAUUCUACUUUAGAGGAAAUUGAAAAAUUGAUGAUCACCCUAGGAAAGAAUGUAUCAACACAUCAUAGAAUUAAUUCAUAACCUAUUGUAUUACCCUCACCUAAACAGAAUAAAGUUGAAUUAAUGUCAAGAGCAAACACUCCUGCUUUUUCAAAUGGAAUACCUAUCAAAGUACCGGGAUUUGGAGGUAGAAUUUAAUGUGCAACUCCAUUAAAAUCUAAUAGAGAAAAAGAUGAAAAAACAAAAAAUACAUCAGAUAGAUAAAUCUCUUUUAAAUUUGAAACACCAUAAACAUCACCUAAAAAUGUUACAGAAUUUAAGUCCUUUGACAAAUAAAAAAUGGAUAUCAAUCAAAAAAUCAAAAUGUAUACUGAAAUACCAUAAUCCUUUAAUACAGUUCCUAUAUUAUAAUCAGAAUUAGAUACAUCUUCUUAAAAUAAAAUUAAUCCAAAAAGUUUACCUAUAAAAAAUGAUUUUAGCAUAUCAUCAUAACAAGAGUUAGAUUAUAAAGAAAAACAAUGUGAUUUCAAUAAAAUAUCUGGUAAAAUGCUUCAAUACAUUAAUCAAAAUAUGAAGGAGAUGAAACUAAAUACUUUUAAAUUAAUAAAAGUAUAUGAAAAUACUUUUGAAAUCAAAACAUAAUCCUCUGUUGUUCAAUCUAGUCAUGUAGAUGCCUCUUUUGCUUCUCCAUUUAGAAAAUCAAGAAAUGUACAAUGAAUUUGUAUUUAUCUAGCCUCUUUUUAAUGGAAUUCGUGGUAAAAUGACAGAAUAAGAUCUAGAUAACAUAUAGUAAAAUUUUGUAAUGAAAAAACUUAUUGUAAAAGCUAAGCCAAAUGAAGAAAUGAAACAAGAAAUAUCGAAACAGGAUUUAUUCUUUGUAACAAGUGUUAAAGAAUGA